AUGGCGGAGCGGAGCCGCGGCGCUCGGCGGCGGCUGCUGCUGCUGCUGCUGCUCCUGGCCGGCUCCGCCGCCAGCCCGGCGGAGGAGGGCGGCGGGCGGCGGGAGGCGGGCGGCGGGGAGCACGGCGAGGAGGCGGCGCGGCACCACGACUCCUCGUACGGCACCUUCGCCAGCGAGUUCUACGACCUGCGCUACCUCUCCGAGGAGGGUUACCCUUUCCCUACUGCUCCUCCUGUGGACCCAUUUGCAAAAAUCAGAGUGGAUGACUGCGGAAAAACCAAGGGAUGCUUCAGGUAUGGUAAACCUGGAUGCAAUGCAGAGACUUGUGACUACUUUCUAAGUUACCGUAGAAUAGGAGCUGAUGUUGAAUUUGAGUUGAGUGCCGACACAGAUGGCUGGGUGGCAGUGGGAUUUUCCUCAGACAAGAAAAUGGGAGGAGAUGAUGUUAUGGCUUGUGUUCAUGAUGAUAAUGGAAGAGUCCGAAUACAUCACUUCUAUAAUGUUGGUCAGUGGGCUAAAGAAAUCCAGAGAAAUCCUGCUAGAGAUGAGGAAGGGGUUUUUGAAAACAAUCGGGUAACGUGUCGAUUCAAGCGUCCUGUCUAUGUUCCCCGAGAAGAAACCAUCGUGGAUUUGCACUUGAGUUGGUACUACCUGUUUGCUUGGGGUCCAGCAAUCCAGGGUUCUAUAACUCGUCAUGAUAUCGACUCUCCACCCGUGUCAGAGCAUGUUGUCAGUAUUUACAAGUAUGAAGAUAUUUUCAUGCCUUCAGCUGCCUAUCAGACCUUCUCUUCUCCAUUCUGCUUGCUCCUCAUUGUUGCACUGACCUUCUAUUUAUUGAUGGGAACCCCAUGACCAAUGGAAAAUAGCAAGAAUUUGGCAGUGGAAGUUUCUCAGGAUGGACGGCUAUAUGGAUGGACAAUGCAUUUUUUUUUGGAAUUUAUAUCACAUCACCAUCCUCAUCUAGCUGCUUUUGAACAUAGUUAGCUUCUCAGAAGAGUGAAAUACUCAUCUUCCUUGAGUGGUGACAAAUCAAUUAAGAAAAUCAGUGAAUACAUAGGAGAAUAUUUUCAGUGUUGUGAUUACUUGCUUAAGGAAAAUGAGACUUUUGUAAAUUCAGUGUGUGUGUGUUUGGGAUGGGUGCCUCUAUGUGUGUUUAGGUGAAUUUAGUGAUGGACAUCUUAUCAGAUAACAAAAUUGCCUUCCAUAUUGCUACAAAAAAGCAAAUUUGGGAAAACAUUGCAAUGCUGUUUGGUACUUCUAGAGCAGAGAGCACAUCUCCAAGUGCAGUUCCUAAUCUUAAGAUCUGGAAACCAACACAGCAGUAUAAAACCUGUCCUUCAGUAGAGGAUAGUUCUCCCAAUUUCUUUUUUUUUUUUUUUUUUUUUAAUAUUUAUCAAAGUGUACUUGCUAUAGUACUUUCCAAAACUAAACUUGCAUAUUCAAGCAUUAGCAUGAUUUUUUUUUUCAACAGAAAGAGGUGAUGAAUGUCUUUAUUGUAUUUCAAUAGCCUUUUUGGAAGAAAUACCUACUUCUUUAAAGAGCGAGGUAUAAAGUUAUUUAAACAAGGGGAAGGGAGAAUACAGCAAUAUAAAUUCUCCAUACAUAGGAAAACUAGGUGUAAAACAUGCAGAAUAUAAAAGUUCCCAACAAGCCAUAGGAUGUCCUCCUCAUAGAUUAAAUCAUUUUUUCUCUUUUUAUGAAAAAAAAAUUGCUGUCAUGUAAAUAUAUUUUUAAGUAAUUGUGCAGUAGUAUGAAGUAAUCUCUUCUUCUGUGUUGUAUGCCACUAAAUCCUGUUCAUGAUAAGGGUGACUGUGGGCAGCUGGUGUUAUCUUACAAAGAAAUAUAAAUGAGAUUACUUGUAAGGAAAGACAGGGAUUAAUAAGAACAGCAGUAUCUUUCGUUCAUCAAACCACUGCUAAAAUAUAGGUAUUGUGGGAAAAAAGAUGAGCUAAAAAGGAAAUACAUUAGCUGUUUUUAUCACCAAUAAAUAGUACAAGAGGAAUGCUAAAUAUUACAGAGAUGAAAAGUGUCAAAAUGCAUUAUGAGCCACAGAAUAUAAUAAAAAACUGGAGUGAAGAAUUUCUGUUCUUCACAUAAUAGGAAGUGUAUGACAUGUUUACAUAUAGCAGACAAAUGUGUUUAGGUAAGGUUACUCAUUUACUUCCCAACUUACACUAAAAUUCUACUUAAGUAGAAUUAAAGUCUAAGUAGUGCCAAAGUUUUAUCUAAUGUGAUACACUUGAGAACUCUCUACCAUAUAAUCUGGUAAAGUAUAUGUAAUGCAACUCCUUUCUAUUCUCAUUACUGCAUGGAGUAUAAAAUGAUUAAUUAGCUUGGUUGGGUUUGCAUCAUUAUUCACAGAUUGAUGUCUGUAAACUUAAGUUUUUAUAGGCUUAGAAUUCUUCAAACCUAUGCUUAAGAUAUAUGACUUAGAUUAAAGAUGAGCUUACCUUCAUAACAAACACUUCAUCUCUAUUUCAAAAAAUGGAUUAAUAUUUUAUAUUUUCACUGAUGUCUUUAAGGAUUUGUUCACUUAAAAUUACUGGACUAGAGUUCAGGAGAGGGAAGAGAAAUUCAGAAGUGAACUUCUAAAGUGCAUACAGUAGCUUUAUUUAGUAUAAAUUACUUCUCUCAGGUUGGUUAACUUACUCAUCAUCUGAUCAAGUAGAGACCACCUAAUAAGGUCUGCUUUGGCCCACAACAGCUGUGUAAUUUAGCCUUAAGAUUGGCUGGAGCAGAUAAGCAGAAGCCUGGAUAAUGAGUUUUACAUUCAGCAAACAGGUAAAGUGAAGAAAUCAUUAGGGUAAAUUCUUUCUCUCAGGCAGCUGAGAUACUGCAGUUCUUUCUCAGAGCCUGAGGGUUGCUUUAGUUUAUGGCUUGGCUUUUACUGUUUCAGCCAUUUACUUGAUUACCCACUAAAGGGCUAAUUUAAUAAUUUAAAGGUACUGAACUUGGCUAGAAACCCAGUUUAGCUUCUCUUUUCUUCUUUAAUGGAGCUCUGGAUUUAGGAUAGCCUGGUUGGACCUGAGCACGCAGGUAUGUUAUAGAUGACAAUAAUAAUACCAAGGUAAAAUUUUGUGACAGCUGUCAAUCUGCUUUUGACAUAUAUGGGGUUAGAUGUGGUUAAAGUUCAGGAUUUGAAGCCAGAGCAAAGUAUUUUACAUUAUUUUUUAUCCCUUUUUCAGAUUACUUGUCCGUGUGCUGUGUUUUUGUCAUCGUAUUUUUCUCUUGUUGAAGUACUAGCAGAAAUAUGCACUUCUAAAAAAUCUUUCACCUAAGCUUCAUAGUACUUAAUUAGCCUAAUAAAGUGUUUCUAAUCAAAAGGGAGGAAAUAAAAGGCCACAGGAAGCAGCAAAACAAUCUAUUAUCUGGCAUUUAAAUGCAUGGUUGAGUUUAGCAGUGAGUUUAUCUAAGACUUCUUCUUCACAGUGGGAAAAUCAGGACUGUGGAAUUCAAGUUGACAAACAAUGAAGGUAUGAGUAUCUAGAAGUUGGUAGUUGGGAUGAAAUCUGAGGAGAGAAAUGUUAUAAGGAAAAUGUGGUAUGUAAGUUUGUAUGAUAUUUGAUAAGUCUUAACAUUUGAGUGGGCAUAGUAACUUGUCAUGAACACUAUUUUGGUUUUAGCAUGUUGUCUUCUUGUUUUUCUUAUUAAUAUUGAAAAGCAGGAUUUAUCCCUGUUACACAAAGUUACUAUAAAGUAACAGACUUCAAAGUAACUUUUAAUUGAUUAUGGCAUUUCAAAGAUUUUUUGUUUUAUUAUUUUUUCUACUUGUCUGGUACUAACACAAACUAGAAGAAAAGAUGUGAUUUGGAAAAGGAGGCAGAUAUUUCCAUCUCCAAGUAAUUUUUUGUUUUUUUAGUGUUUUUAGAUUUUUAGUGUUUAUAGGUUUUUUUAGAUUACUACCAAACAACUAUUAAAGAACACAUUUCCUAA